GGGGCCAUGGCGACGCGCGCUGGGAGAGUCGUGUACCCGCUGUACCAGCUGGGCGGCCCGCAGUUGCGGAUCUUCCGGCCCAACUUCUACAUGUUGGCGGUGCGGCCUGGCGUGCCGCAGCCCGAGGACACCGUCCAGUUCCGCGUCUCCAUGGAAAUGACAAAAAUAGAUAUCAAGAAUUACCUUGAAAAAAUAUACAAUGUGCCAGUAGCUGCCGUGAGAACCAGGAUACAGUAUGGUGCAAACAACAAGAGGAACCACAAGAAUCAGAGAGUGAAGAAGCCAGAUUACAAGGUUGCCUACGUACAGCUGGGCCAAGGACAAACCUUUCAGUUCCCCAACCUAUUUCCAGAGAAAGAACAAGAUGAAGAAACUCGCUCCUUUGAGGACUACAAGGACAAAUACCUGGCGAGAGAGAAGCAGAGGGAGAAAGGUGACCCCAGACGAGGUGGAGUCCCUGAUUGGUUUGGACUUUGAUGCCACGAGCCAGCUGCCUUUCUCUAGGCUCAGAGGGCGUAUGAUCAGCAGAACUUGCACUCUCCCCUUCUUGUAAUGAAUGUUUAUUUUGGAGCAGCCCUUGCUGGGCCUGUUGGGGUUUUUUCCUGCCUCUUUGUGCCACGACUACAACAAACUGGCCCUAAAGAAAUAAAAAAAAGGUAAAAUAAA